CCACGUUCUGACAGGAAUAUCGCCCAAAUUUGGCGGCAGUUUCCUGUGUGCGCUUACACAAGCCCCAUGAUGGUACGCUUUUCUCGCGUGUUUGCCGCGUUUCUCCGCCAGAAAGACUGGUCGUCCAAGUUUACCACAGUGAAGUGUUCAAGUACAAAGGCAGAACCGCGACUUCACAGAAUGGAGUAUCAGGAUGCAGUGUGCACCCUCAAUACCCUGCAGACCAAUGCCUGUGCCCUGGAGCAAGUGCGUCGAGAGCGGGGUCACCCUCAACUCCAGCUCCAGGCCAUGAGGGGCUUCCUGGAGCGAGCAGGCCUGGUGGUGGAAGAACUUGACCAUCUCAAUAUCAUUCAUGUCACAGGAACGAAAGGGGUCAACGUGCGCCUUCACAGAACAAAUACUGAGAAGUUACGGUUUUCGGACUGGAUUUUACAGGAACAACAUGAAUUUGUGCAUGAUGCGGUGCAAGACAACUGGGAACUCGGAAAUCUCCGCCUUCAUUCCCCACAUUUGGUACAAGUCAGGGAGAGGAUAAGAAUUAAUGGAAAACCAAUCGGCAAAGAACUCUUCACAAAAUAUUUCUGGCAGGUGUAUGGACGGCUGUAUGAAACCAAGGACACUCACGGGGGGAGUAUGCCCGCUUACUUCCGCUUCCUAACAAUCCUGGCCUUCCACGUCUUCCUGCAGGAGAAGGUGGACUUGGCAGUGAUUGAAGUUGGGAUUGGUGGAGCCUACGACUGCACAAACAUAAUCCGGAGGCCGUGGGUGUGUGGCAUCGCCUCCCUGGGUAUAGAUCACACCUCAAUACUGGGGGAUACCAUCGAGAAAAUUGCCUGGCAGAAAGGGGGCAUUUUUAAGCCAGGAGUUCCUGCCUUCACUGUGAAGCAACCCGACGGCCCUAUGAUGGUUCUCAAAGAGAGAGCAAAGGAGAUUGGGUGUCCUCUCUGGGUGUGCCCAGAACUGGAGGAGUACCCUGCUGACUCGGGACCUCUGCGUCUGGGCCUGGCUGGCCACCACCAGCGCUCCAACGCCUCCCUUGCCCUGCAGCUCAGCCACAGUUGGCUACAGAGACGCUGCCUUCCUGACCAGAGCAUCCCUUCCCCCGCUGACGAGAGUAAAGGCGUGUCGCCGGCCGCUGGCUUCCAGCCAAGCCCCAUUAUGGCGAAAGGGCUGGAGGACACUGCGUGGCCGGGGAGGACCCAGACUCUGAAGCAUGGCCCAGUUACCUACUUCCUGGACGGAGCCCACACCACCCGUAGCAUGCUGGCCUGUGUAAGGUGGUUCAGCGAGGUUGCCUCUCAACACGAAAGAACCACAUGUGGUCCUGUGGUCAGAGUGCUACUGUUCAACGCCACAGGGGAGAGAGACUCGGCAGCCAUGCUUAAGUUACUGGUGCCAUGCCAUUUUGACUUUGCUGUGUUCUGCCCCAACAUCACAGAGGCCAUUGCAUCAUGUAAUGCAGACCAACAAAACUUCAAUGUCUCUGUGGAAAAUAUGCUCACCCGUUGCCUGGACAACCAGAGGAGCUGGCGCCUGCUGAACGGCCAGGAAGAGAAGCCCGGCGCCCAGCUGCUCAUCUCCCGCGACGCUCUCCCACUGGUGGCAGCCGAGCGCUGCAGCAAAACCCUAGUCUUCCCCUGCAUCCUCAGCGCCCUCCAGUGGCUUAGCCAGGGCAGGGACUCUGUCUUGGCACACCCGGACAAGAGGGUCAUCCCCGUCAAGCCCAGCGUGACAGCCAAAGCCGCUCCGCUAAGAGAUGCCACUGGCAUCCACGUCCUCGUCGCUGGAAGCCUCCAUCUGGUUGGGGGCGUCCUGAAACACCUCGAUCCUUCCUUUGCCUCUUAAAGGAAUGGUUCUGUCAGAACAGCAAUAGAUUAGAUUGAUUUGUCUGGUAAGCAGAAUCAAGAAGAAACCGUCUCUGGAGAGAGCUAAAUGCUGGGAUAUCAUGCAGCCUAAGGGAAAGCUUGUUAGCUAUGCUUACUGGCAGGUUAUUCAAUUUGUACCAGGCAACAGGGUUUUGUGUCACCCCCAGUCCUUGGUAAGCCUAAUAGAAAUGGCCAUUGCUAGAACCUUCUAUUUCAAUUGAUAAAUAGAGGGCUCUGGCCAAUACAAGUUCAUGUCAAAUGUUUUAGCCAGUACCACACAGAGCCUUACUGAGGAUCACACGUUAUUUUAUUUUGACAGGGAGCCAUUUGGAGACCUUGGUCUCUUUUAUAGAUGAGCCCUACACUGACAAUUUAAAACAUCGACACAUCAGUACACUACGAAAAGAGAACCAGAGAUAGAAAACAAUCAGUGUAAGGUUCUGGUACAAAUUCCAGAUGGACACCAAAGGAAGUUUAAACUAGAUGUAUUACACACAAACUGGAUGCUACAGCUCCAUAGCACACAAACUGGUCACACAUGCAUAUAUAUUUAUGCCUUCUGGCUAGGUGGGGUCACCUCUUUGUGUCUAGGAUAAACAGUCAGUCAGUGCUGGGCAAGAACUCUGUUCCUCCCUCCUAUUGAUAGCAUGAGUCCAGAUCCUUUGUGGGCAGGGCAGGUGUGUGUAAGAGAGACUAGUGUCUCACACACAAUCUAUCCCCCCCCUGCACUGCAAUAAGUCUCCAGUCCCAACAUCCUAACCAAUGACAAGUUAUUACUACUAAUAAGUGGAUUGUUUUAUUAUAAACUGGCUCAUGCAACACAAACAGAUUCAAGUCAAUUAGUCUCCAACAAUCGAAAACAAAUAUUAACCCUAAGUCUUAUACUUGAAGCUAAAACUGUUUACAAUAGGGGGGUUCAUUUGUGCGACUUCCAGUAUGACACGGGUGUUUACUGUUAUUGUUUAUGUGAAGUGAUAUUGUGCUUUAAAAGCAUUUGAGAAGGCAGUGGGACGGUAGGCCCCUAAAAUGACAGGUAAUCCAAAGAAAGUGUGGAAACGGUUAGUCAAAGGCCUCACUCUUUCCACCCAGUACGUUUCUUUGGGUUGUGUACAAGAAUGGCUUUCUUUCCUGUCCUUUCAUUGCUACCAAUAAGAGACAGGGAGAGGGUUGCAACAUGAACUGGAUUUCUUACAAAGAGAACCGUUUUUAAUUUUUGUUUUACUAUUUCCUAGUGAGAUCCUCAUUUGCCGAUCUCCCAGACUUGCAUUAUUUGUUGACUGUAUUCUUAAACAUUUCAAAUGUGCUUCGUGUAGCUAUCAUUGUGUUGGUAAUUCAGAUAUUCUCCCUUCAAUAAAAAAAAUUGAACACCUCUACAAUAAAACUAGACCUUUAGCGUUGAGCACAAUGUAAACUAACAUGUCUGUAAAUUAUUCUAAGGUGUCAUAAGCGAUAAGUCUUUUAUACUGCAGUUGCUUUGUGACUAACAUUUCAGAAUGUUCAUUGCCUUUUAAAUUUGUGUCUGAGAGCGCAAUUGUAUGUACUGUAAAGAAACCCACAAACACACUAGAGGUUGGGUGUAUUUGUAAGGCGGUAUCUGUUGCAAAGCUUUUUGCAAUAGAACCUGUCUUAAUCUAGUAACCAAAUGGAACAAAACUGGGAGGGACCUACCUAAAUUUAACAAAAAUAGUUUCUAUUGGACAAAGUUUUCUGUUGUGGAGGAGACUGUUUCGGAAACUGACUAAUGAAUAAAUCCCCCCCCCCCCCCCCCCCCACAAAAAAAAAAUCGCCAGGGGUGUAUUCACUAGGAACCAAACAGAAUGAAACAGGGAGGGCUCUACGUGAAUUUGUCCAAUAGAAAGUAGAAACUCUUGUUUCCUGUUGCAAAAUGUUUUGGACUAAUGCUUACACCCAAAGUACCAUGGAAAUUAGCGCUUGAUUUGAGUGAUUGGCCCUGUUCUAGUCUGACUAUAUUGCAGUCAUGCUGCAGUACACACAGCAACUAAUGGGUGCCCUAUCGACUGCACAGGCAGGUAUAAGAUUGCUACAGGUAGAUGAUAUGAUCCAGGCAUUGUGCGAUCUGGCAGGUGACUGCAAUGUAGUUGGCCUGGAAUGCAGCCAAUAUUUCCCUGGGGGUUUAGAAACUGCUAGACUAUUCCCAAAUCUUUUUUAAAGUGGUAUUAACAUUUCAGAGAAAUGCUAUAGUUUUAAAUGUAUGUGCACUUAAGAUAAUUAAAUGAAUCAUUAACGGA